CGGCAUCUUAUUUGACAGCAGGUUGUUGUUUGAUAGCGACAGAUAAAACACGCUGAACCUGUUUCCUGCAGCGGGAUGGCAGACACUACUGAGGAAUACCGGGACUUUGUGGCCGAGCCGAUGGAGGACAAGCCGGUGACGGCCCUGCCAGGGAUCGGGGAGGAGCUGGGCAAGAAACUGAGGACCCGGGGCUUCACCAGGGCCUCCGCGGUUCUGGGUCACUACCUGCAGAUGAGGGGAGAGCUGGACAGGUUCAAGGACUGGCUGAAGAACGCCAUCCACGCCGACAACCACCAGGCCGACCUCUGCACUCGGGCCCUGGAGGAGUGGUGCAAAAACCACAUCUGAGCCCCCCCUGCUGUGCUUCUGGGACCCGGGAUCUGGUGGUGGUUCCAGGAUAUGGUCGUGGUUCCGGGAUCUGGUCGUGGUUCCGGGAUCUGGUGGUGGUUCCAGGAUCUGGUCGUGGUUCCAGGAUCUGGUGGUGGUUCCAGGAUCUGGUCGUGGUUCCGGGGAGUUUUCAGAGCCUCCUGCAAGACGCCUGUGAU